AUAACACACAAACACACACACACACACACACACUUGCACACACACUCUUAAACACAUACACAUUGUGAUUCACAGUGUACAGCUACAACUGAGAGAAUCCGAUCCUUUGUGUGUAUGUGCUCUUUUUUUUUAACCUCUUCUUCCCCUCUUUUUUCUCUUUUCCUCCCUCAUCGUCACACUCUCCUCCCUCCCUCCCUCUCUUUGCUCCCUGGUGGUGUGUGUGUUUCUGUGUUUCUGUGUGUGUGUGUGAACUGUGGGGAUAACAGACGCUCAUGUGAGCAGCCUCAGUGGCGGCAGCAGUGACUGGUGAGAAAGAGGAGAGAGGAAGAGAGAGCAGGGAUAACAGGACCACCACCACCAUCAUUCUGAUCGGAUUCACACCAGACAUGUGAGAAGAUGUCUGUGGGCGGCUGCGCGUGUCCCGGCUGUUCCUCCAAGUCAUUCAAGCUGUACUCCCCCAAGGAGCCCCCAAACGGUAGCACUUUUCCCCCUUUCCACCCCGGCACUAUGCUGGACAGAGACGUGGGUCCCACCCCAAUGUAUCCUCCCACAUACCUGGAGCCAGGGAUAGGGAGGCACACACCAUAUGGCAACCAGACAGACUACAGAAUAUUUGAACUCAACAAACGGCUACAGAACUGGACAGAGGAGUGUGAUAACUUGUGGUGGGACGCGUUUACUACUGAGUUCUUUGAAGAUGACGCCAUGUUGACUAUAACUUUUUGUCUGGAGGAUGGACCCAAACGCUACACAAUUGGUCGGACGUUGAUUCCGAGGUACUUCAGAAGUAUAUUCGAGGGCGGUGCCACUGAGCUCUACUACGUGCUGAAACAUCCUAAGGAGUCCUUCCACAAUAACUUUGUCUCCCUCGACUGUGAUCAGUGCACCAUGGUCACCCAGAACGGGAAGCCCAUGUUCACACAGGUGUGUGUAGAAGGGCGUCUGUACCUGGAGUUCAUGUUUGACGACAUGAUGAGGAUAAAGACGUGGCACUUCAGCAUCAGACAACACCGUGAACUCAUUCCCCGCAGCAUACUGGCCAUGCAUGUGAGUGCAGACAGACAGAAAGACAACGUGUGUGUGUGUGUGUGUUUCAGCUUUAUAACCUCUCUCCUUUUGAUGUCUCAGGCCCAGGACCCACAGAUGCUGGACCAGCUGUCCAAAAACAUUACAAGAUGUGGCCUGUCCAACUCCACCCUCAACUACCUCCGACUGUGUGUGAUUCUGGAGCCCAUGCAGGAGCUGAUGUCCAGACACAAGACGUACAGCCUCAGCCCCAGAGACUGCCUCAAGACCUGCCUAUUCCAGAAAUGGCAGAGGAUGGUGGCGCCACCGGCUGAGCCGUCAAGACAAGCCCCAAAUAAACGGCGGAAGCGUAAGAUGUCAGGAGGCAGCACCAUCAGUGGAGGAGGAGGAACUAAUAAUAACAACAACAACAAAAAGAAGAGUCCUGGCAGCGGCUUCCCUCUCUCCAGCCAAGUUCCAGAUGUGAUGGUAGUCGGUGAGCCCACACUGAUGGGGGGAGAGUUUGGAGAUGAAGAUGAGCGUCUGAUCACACGGCUGGAGAACACGCAGUUUGACGCCGCCAACGGCAUCGACGACGAGGACAGCUUCAACAACUCGCCUGCGCUGGGCUCCAACUCGCCCUGGAACAACAAGGCCCCCUCCAGCCAGGAGAGCAAGAGCGACAACCCCACCUCACAGGCAUCGCAGUAGAGCCCAGAGCCCUGCAAACCUCAACACAAACAUCCCCUCCUCUCUCUGUCACUUCUUACAGACCGCCCCCCUGCCCCCCCCCCAACCCAACCCAACCAAACCCAACCCAACCCAACAGCCAUGCUUGCAACAGCGACAACCCGCCGGCAAGCCCCAGACAUAACUGUUGAGCUCAGAUUCAUCAGAUUCAUGCUCAGUGUGUCUCAGACUUUGUCAUUGAGCUGGAAGAAUUUCACAAGGUAUCCUCUUUGCUGUGACUUCUUCAUAUGUGUCCCACCUGCCUCCCUUUUCCUCAUCUCACACUCAAAAUCUCCUGCUCUCGCUUGUUUUCGUUUUGGACACUGAUCCUGGAAGAUGUGAUUGAGAAGGCCUGGGAAUGUUACCCAAAGGAGAAGAACUGUGCUCACUUAACUAUCCACACUGAAGUCCAGGUGUAGGUCAGCGGAGGGCUUUAAGGGUGGAGGGCAUGUUGGCGUCAGGGGCGUCCAGACGGUGGCGAGUUGCUUAGGGACCACUUGUCCACCAGUCCUCUAAAUACGGCUUUGAAUUCUGGUCUGCUCUGUUUGAAGGACAAGUCACCGGUAAUGUCUCUUUAUAGAGGGUGUGUGCGCGUGCGUGUGCGUGUGUGUGUGGAGAGAAAGAAGGUAGUCUGAGCUUAUUUGUGUCUUUGCUGAAGCUGGCAGACCAGAAUUUAGAGCCACUCUAUAAAACCAUUGAACUUCACACAUGAGUAGGAGAGCUGAAAUGUGGCACUAGCAAAACUUUACACAGACAGACACACACACACACACACACACACUCACACACACACAACAUUGACACAUGUGAGUUUGAAGGAUUUGAGUCCCCUAGUGCCCGAGCUGUCUCUAAACAAACUACAGUGAGUCUUUCAAACAGAGAGCAUUUACAACACACACACGCUCACACACACACACACACACACACACACACACACACACACACACACACACACACACACACACACACACACACACACACACACACACACACACACACACACACACACACACAGUAACACAUUUUAAGAGUUUUUAUACAGUAUAUAUUUCCCUAGAAUGUUUUUUAAUUUGUAUUAAACGCCUUCAUUUCAAUUGUUACUUUUUUAUUUUCUACCAAUACUGAAAAGCUACAGACCAAGGAGCAAAACAGGACUUUUAUCCCUCCCCCCUCUAAAAUAUAUUGUUUUUAUCUUUUAUGUUGAUAAAAGAGAAAUAAUUUAGUGUGGAUGUUUUUAUUUUGUCUUUUUGUUCCUAUUUUUUUUUGGAGAUUUAAAUUUUUGUGUAUUUGUGCUUGUAUAUUUAAGGUAGUAGCAAAGUUCUGUCUGACUGUAAUAAAAUGUAUUCUUACUUAGAUUUACCUAAAGCCAUCCCGAUCUAAUGUAAAGAAACAAAAAUAGGAAAAAGGAGAAAAAACACUCAUGAACCUGUCCCCUCUAUCUCCCCCCUGCUCUUCCCUCUUUUUUAAAACUUGUGUAAAUUAAAUUACAAAACCCCCGAGGGUACAAUGACACCAUGAAGAGAUGAUUGAGUUGAUUUUUUUUGUAUUUAUUUUUGAAAUUUUAGAACUUAACUCGUUUAUUUCAUCCAUACAGGAAGUGAUUAUUUUCACUAACUUUCAUCACAAUUUAUGUACUGCAGCUCUAAACCUGAUGUCAAGAGAAUGUGCUCACUGAUUUUUAAGUUAACCGGUGAAUUUCAUGUUUUAUCACUGGCUGUGUUUUAAUGCUUUCUUGUAAGUCUCUCAAGACAAAUCGAGUGAUACCAUCAAUCAUCCAAACAUGUUCUAAAGCCAGCUCACCAUGAAGUUCACUCGGCAUAUUUGGUAGCAAUGCUGACUGUAAAGUGUGAGAGACACAGCUGGAGCUCUGUUGAUUUUGUACUAGUUCAUUUCUUUACAGUUGAUUCCAGCAACAGUUCUGAUUGUGUUUGAAUGGUGACUUGUACCUUCUCCAAUCCCUGUAGAAAAAUCAUCGUUUGAUAUAUAUUUUUUGAUUUGGUUAGUUUCUGCCCUUGAUAAUUAAUGUAUGGUACCAAUAAAAAGAUACAUUUUCACUUUAA